GCAGUUGACGGCGAACAAUGCAGUUGGAAUGACUGGCAAUGAUAGGCCACAGAAUGCUGAAGCUGAGGAGAGAGAGAAACCUCGAACUCCAACGGAAGCUGAACAACUACAACUCGACAUCCAUUAUGGAACUCAGCAGUCGCUGGAGAGCACGAAACGCAUACUGGAAAUGUGCGAAGAGAGCAAAGACGCCGGUAUCCGAACACUCGUUAUGCUCGACGAACAAGGAGAACAAUUGGAACACAUCGAAGAAGGAAUGGAUCAAAUCAACGUCGAUAUGCGCGACGCGGAAAAGAACCUCGAGGGUAUGGAAAAAUGUUGCGGUCUAUGUGUUCUACCGUGGAAAAGAGCGAAAAAUUUCGAAAGAGGAUCGGAUUAUAACAAUACAUGGAAAGCUAACGAAGACGGCCAGGUAAUAGAGUUAAUUAUAUGCAUGGAACCCAAGGGAUGGUCCCGGGGGUGAUGUAGGCUUUAGCUUUUUUUACUCCACCAAUCGAUCGGAAGCGUGCAAGAACGACAUGGUAAUUCAUUUAAAUUUAAUCUAUUAAGAGAGGCAUAAAGAGAUAGUUAGAAUGAACAAGGUGAUAGAAAUAAAAAUUGACGACAUGACGUAAUCAUUUUGUAUAAAUAAUUCAUUAUCAAUACUUUCCUUAGUCAAAAUGUUGUCAUAAUUAAUAACUUAUGCUAUACAUACAACAUUAGACAAUCGUUAAAAACAGGAGAGAAAAGAUGAUUAGGUCGAAUAGAAAGAGCAGUAUAUAGAAAGAAAGAAGGGAGGGGCGGUUGUUGGGAGUAGGUAGGAUGUUUUUUUUGCUCUUUUUCUACAUGCAUAAUAAAUAAAACAUGUCCAUACGUCUUUGCACCAUUUACUAUUCUAUUCAAACCGGAUGUGUAGGAGUAUUUUGGAGGCGGAAAGUAGAAAGGUUGGAGAGAGACUUUGCAUAAUGCGGUCGGCAAGAGUUGAAUAUCAAAGUGGUUUAAUGUAGGAAAAUUUGCAAAUUUUUAAGAGCCGACGCCCAUCUAAAACUAGCUAAGGGAACCAUUUUAUCUUUUGAAUAUCAGCCAGUAUAUAUCAUAAUUUACGCAAUGGAGUGGGCAAAUAGAAAACUGUUAGGAAAGCUCUAAGAAAGAUGGAGGAUAUAGGUCUUGGUUUCAAUGUAUCAAAAGAAAAAGAGUAACUGUAAUAGCGAUACCUACCGACUCGAAAGUCAACAAUUAUAGGAGUAAUUCCCUUAUUUACACGCUUCUCGGCCUUUAAAACGGUUAAAUCAUGUAGAAUUCUGUCAAUAGUUUAAUAAAUACCCUUAUAUAAUUGAAAAUGUAGCAGGUAAAAAUAAAAGAAAUAAGAUAUAAGAGAAAUAUUAGCAAAUACGUCAUUUUUUAUUUCCGAUACACUUUUAUACCCUAGAAUGCAAUUUAUUAUUGUUUAGUAUCAUUUCCAAAGCUAAUUGCCAACGUAGAAGGCGUUUAUAACAACCUUAAAAAAGAACUAUAGUCACGUUCUUGGUAAACCAAUACUGUAAAUAGUAAACUGGAUAUUAAACAAAAAAAAAGGAAAAAGGACCUGCAAAAAUUUUGUAUUCUCUCUUUCUUUCCUCUUUAAUUCGUUUGAUGAAAAAAUAUGAGCUAAAACGGUUUCAAUACAAAAGGCUUAAAUUGUCUUUACAUUGAUUUUUUUUUAGUUGUCGUUUUCCGUUCCGUUCCGUCCCCGUUGCCCCUCCCUCCCUUAUACCAUUCCAUCUCUCUCUCUCUCUCUCUCUCUCUCCCUUUCGCUUUCUCUUUCUCUCUUACUGUCCCAUUUUAUCUCUAUAGUAUUCCCUCCUAUUACCGCCCACAUUUUCUCUCCCGCCUCCUUAUCCUCUAAACAACUAGGCCAUUUUCUCUCAUUUUGAAAUUGUUGUAACUAUUUCUUAUUAAAAGCUUAGGAUUCUAUGAGAUGUUAGUUUAGGUAAAAAUGAACGGAAGCCUCAUUAAUUUUCAAUUAAACGCCGAGCAGGAAAAUGGAAAAUAAAUAAUUCAAUACUCCUCUUUUACGCUUGCAGUUGAUUUGUAUAAAUUUAUAACAUUCAUCCUUUAGUUCUUUCUUCUCUAUUCUUCUCCUUAAUGGGAGAGUAAGAGAGAUUAGAUUAUAAACGCAUUCCGAUGAAGGGCUAGCGCAUGAGGGUUGGGAGAAGCCUAUGAGCGAUCAGUCACAUUUUUUUAGACGCUAUUUCCAAGUCACGUAAUUCAAAUAUCCGUCUAGGUCAACACGAAUGGUCCAAGAGUAAUAGUGGGAGAUGGGGGUGCUGAAAUGACCGGUAAUUUCAUCACACGAAUCACAAACGAUGCUCGCGAGGACGAAAUGGAACAAAAUAUGAUGGAAGUGAGUGGAAUGAUUAGCAAUCUUAGGAAUAUGGCCGUCGAUAUGGGCAGCGAAUUGGAAUCACAGAAUAAGCAAAUUGAUAGAAUUAAUCAAAAGGGUUCUUCGAAUUACGCUCGCAUUUCAGAUGCGAAUAAAAGGGCUAACAAACUUCUUAAAUGAUUCUCCUCUCAAUUUUUGUUUCCAUUUUACAUCAUGCAAUAAAUUUAUCAUAUUAUUACAUACUCUGUAUAAUAUCUAUUUAUACACUAUCGAAUGUACUGUAGAUAUAACAUAUAAAAAAAA